AUGCUGAGACGGUCUCUUAGGUCUUCUACGUCUCGAAAUAAUGUAGAAAGGUAAUUUAUUUUGAUUCGAAUUGCUUCGAAAUCAUUUUUUGAAGAGAAAUAAAGCCGCAAUUGCGUCGAAGACCCGUGGAAACGGAGAGGGCCGAUGGAAUUGUUUCGAAAAUGGACAAUUUAUCGAUCGAAAGGCCAAAGUACGGCAAAUUUACAUUGUUAUGAAUGUGACGUCUUAAAAAAAGCUUGAAUUUUCAAUUAUUUCAAGUUCGGGGCCAAUUUUAGGCUUGAGAAAAAGAUUUUCAAACAUUGGACUUGGGAGAAAAAUCAAGAAAAUUGUAGUUUUCUUGAAUUGGCACCAAAAUUUGGCUAUUUUUUGCUUUCAAAUCGAAGAAAUCUUCUUUUUUUUGUUCAAAAAUUCACGGAAUUCGGUAUUUUCUACUUGGUAUAGGUAUUUAAAAAAAUGCCUUUUUUCAUGAAAUUAUUUUUUUCAGCGUUGAAACUGUGCAAAGCCUUCCAGAAACCUCUGAGGUUGAAAAAAAUGAAUUUUUUUCCAUACCUCUGAAUAGGAGAAACCAAUAUUGAGGAGGUCUACUAGAACCAUUACACGUACUCAUCGAGAUUUCUUCAAAAGGUAUCAAAAUUGAAAAAUUAAGAAAAAAAAAUUGAUUUUUCAGUGAACCGACGACUUCAGGCCAACAAAAACGCGUCGCUGUGGACGUUUUGGAAAAUGUUUUUUUGUUCGAAAUAAAGAAAAAUAUAUUUAUUUUAUUUUUUCACAGGACGGCCCUAAAAUUAUGAAGCUUCAAAUGGUGAUUCAUCCCUAUAGGUUCGUCAGUUGAAAAAAAUUUAUUCUGGCCCUGAAUUUUUUUCCUUUGUUAGAGUUGUAACUAAUAUUCUGAAGAACUUGUUUGAGAUUUCAAAAAAAAUUUUCAGUCUCCGGCGGGAAUCUGGUCAACUUCAGCGGGUUUCUGAAGAGGUUUUUUUGUGAAAAGUUAGAAUUUUUAAAUUGAAAAGGAAAAAUUUUCAGGUCAAACCGGAUAUCCGGAAAUCUUUACGGCUUCAAAUGCGAGCCCAGGUUUUUUUAAAUGUGUAAUUUUUUUGGUUGUUUUUGACUGGAAAAAAAUCAAAAAAAUGUAAAAAAAUAAAUUUUUUUGGAUAGAGACGGGUUUUUUUCCAACUUGAAGGUUCAAAUUUCCUAAAGAAGAUUAUAAUUUUUCAUUUUUCAAGUUGGAUGGAAAGAAGGCCUCCAGUACUGCACCAAGAGAACCACUCAGAACGAUUCCGGCCAAGGUGAGCCUCAAAAAAACAUAUUGACAACAUUCUUUUUUUCAGACAGUCUCCAAAAAAAUGUAA